AUGGUCUUGAUCUCUUCUUUAGCCGAGCGAGUGAAGAGUUGCAGGGAUUUAUCCCAGGCUCGGGAUCUAUGUAGUUGCUUGAGACAAGGCAACUAUCUCAACAUUGUCUAUCUCGCCAACCUUGUGGUGGAAAUGUAUGGCAAGUGUGGCAGCGUCGAAGAUGCCAAGUACGUGUUUGAUCACAUUCGAAGGCCAAAUCUCUUUUCUUGGACCAUGGUGAUCGCAGCAUAUGCCCGUAAUGGGCAUCCAUUACACGCACGGGAACUGUUUGAUCAAAUGCCGAUGCGAGACCUGGCGUCUUGGAAUGCCAUGAUUCUUGUUUGCGCAGACGCAGCGAAUCUUGACGAAGCCAUAGCUCUGUUUGAAUCUAUGCAGGAAAGAGACCUUGUUUCAUGGAGCACUAUGAUCACUGCUUAUGCCCGGUUUGGCUAUAUGGACCAGGCCAAAGCUUUGUUCGAUCAAAUGCCUCAGAGAAACGUUGUGGUCUGGACUGCCAUGGUUGCUGCGUAUGCACAAAACGGGCAUCCAUACGAAGCUCGGAAGGUUUUCGAUGAAAUGCCAGAAACCAACUUGGUUUCGUGGAACAUAGUUCUGGAUGCGUUUGCGGAGAAUGGGGAAUCGAGCGAAGCAGCUGACAUUUUCAGAGCUAUGCCCCAGCGAGAUGCUGUCUCGUGGAACACUUUGAUCGCGGCUUGCGUGAGGAGAGGCCAACUUUUGGAAGCCAAGCGUUUGUUUGAUCGAGUUCCGGAGAAGUCAGUGCCGUCCUGGAACUCCAUCUUUCAAGCCUGUGCAGUGUUCCAAAACGAUAGCGCUGUCGAGCUCUUGAGCUCAAUGAGGAUGGAAGACGUGCCACCGGACGGCACCACUUUCACUUGGAUCCUCAGCUCGUGCAACUCGAGGGGAGAUCUGGGGCGAGGACUGAAGCUUUUCUCCUCGAUGAUCGAGGAUCACGGUCUCUCGCCAUGCUUGGAUCACUACAAUUGCGUUUCAAAUGCGCUGGGACGAGCUGGUUUGCUGCGACAAGUGCGUGAGGCCGUGGAGGAGAUGCCGCUUGGUCCAGAUUGUGUCACCUGGAAGACAUUGUUACUGGCUGCCUCGAAGCUAGACUAUAGCAUUGGAACUUGGGCUGCAACAAGAGCUCUGGAGUUGAAUCCAAUGGAUGACGCACCCUAUGUUUCACUCUCUCAAGACUUCAUUGGCUUCUAG